AUGCAAUCUGAUGUGGUAUAUUCAAUUAAAUGUUAUUAUUAUGGGCAUAUAUGUAUUGGCAAGACGGAACGUCAAUUUAUACGAAGAUUAUAUGAACAUCUUGUACCAGAAACAACUCUUCCUCAACAACAACCGUGCAACCAUGAACGUGAUGAUCUUAAUAAUAAUAACAACAACAGCAAUAAUAUUACAGAAUUAAGAAGAUCAUCAUGGGUUAAACAUAAAACAACAACAACAUCUACAACAGUAACAACAACUUUUAAAACAACAGCAGACGACGACGAAAACGAUAAAAAUAAUGCUAAGUCAUCCAUCCCACAGCGUGAAAAAGUAACAGGUCAUCAUAUGAAUUGGAGUAAUUUUUGCGUUGUUUGGCAAGAAAAGUAUUCUUAUCGUUUGUUAAUCAAAGAGUCAUUAUUGAUCAAGGCUUAUGAACCAGAACUCAAUAAAACAACUCAUUCGAUACCAUUAAUUGCUUUUUCCUGA